AUGGAAUCUACACUCAAAGUGUCUGCUGAAGACUUUCAGAAAGAUGUUGUGAAUAGGUACACAGAUGUGAUUGGAGAAAAGUUAGGAGGAAAAGUUGUUGCCUACUCGAAUCAAUGGUUUGCUGCUGCCGAGAAUUUAAUUAAAGCCAAUGCUCCAAUAAGAGAUGCUACAAAAUUUACAUAUGCUGGAGCAUGGUAUGAUGGAUGGGAAACCAGAAGGCACAAUCCGGAGGAAUUCGACUGGGUUGUGAUAAAAAUGGGAGUUUCAGCCGCAUCUGUGGCUGGAUGUGAAGUUGAUACUGCAUUUUUCAACGGUAACCAGGCACCAUUUAUAUCCGUUGAUGCAGUGACUUUAGGUUCAGAUGAUGAGUACAAGACAGCAAAAUGGGAGCAGGUGAUUCCUAAAAUGGCAUGUGGACCUUCGCAGAAGCAAUUUUUUGUUCGGCCAGAAGUCACUAAGCAGACUUUUACUCAUAUAAGGCUAAGAAUGUAUCCAGAUGGAGGGAUCGCCAGAUUCAGACUCUAUGGAAAAGUGUAUCCGAUCAUCCCUCAGGAUAUUUCCACUGUUAUCGAUACCGCAUCCUGUUUGCAGGGAGGAGUUGUAGUUCUAACAUCCGAUCAGCAUUUUGGAUCUGCCAGUAACCUCCUUCUUCCAGGAAGAGGCCAUGAUAUGUCUGAUGGAUGGGAAACUGCCAGAUCACGUGUUCCUGAUCAUAAAGAUUGGGCAAUUGUGAAGUUAGGAAGUCGAACGGAGAUUUCACGCAUUGAUGUAGAUACUGCUUUUUAUCGUGGAAACUUUCCAGAGUACAUCACUGUGGAAGCGAUCGAUGAUAGUAAUUCCGAGGCUCCUAGUCCGCAAAAUAAGAACUGGGAAGUUGUUGUGCCAAAAACUAAAGGAGAAGCAGAUAAGAUUCAUGAGUUUGAUUUGAAUUGUGGAAAAUCGUAUACCCAUGUGAAAUUAACCAUGAUUCCAGAUGGUGGUGUGAAAAGAGUGAGAGUGUGGGGAACGAUUGAUCCAAAGUAA